CUCCCGCAGCCCAGCAUGGCGAAGGCAGCCGCGGGGCUCUGCGCCCUCCUCCUCCUCCUCCUCCUCGCUUGUCUCUGCUGCCAGAGCCCGGCACAGAGAGCCCCGGCCGUGCCGGACAAGUGCUGCUUCAACUUCCAGAUGAGAAGGAUCAAGAGGGACAACAUUGUCGCUUGCUACCCCACCAGCCCCGAGUGCCCGCACAAGGCAGUGAUCUUCAGGGUGAGGAGUGGGAAGGAGAUCUGCACCCAGGCGAGCAGGGCCUGGGUAAAGAAGUACCAGCAGAGCUUCCCGGUCAGCUCCUUCUCCAUUCCCAGCUAGCGGGGCGGCCGGAGGCAGCACAAGGAGUCCCCUCCAUGGGGAACAGGACACUGCAAAGGUCACCCCUUAGCAGAGGUGGCUGCAGGGACCCCAUGUUUGGGUAUAGCAGCUCAUCGGGGAUAUCCUUCCCAUCACGUUAUGACAACCACCGCCACCUUCCCAAAGGCAAAGGGCAGCAUCGCACUGGGAUGAGGUGUGCUGGCCCCAUGGGGCGCUGGGGUCCAGCCCUGCUGUCAGCCCCAUGCUUUCAGCCUUGCUUUCCAUGCAGGCAGCUGCCUGCACCUCUCACAGGCAGCAGUGGCAUGUCAAGGCUGUGCUCGCUGGCCUGGCAGCAGCAGGGGGGUUAAGGGGAAGCAGCUCCAUGGUUCUCUGUUGUACAACACACAGAAGGGAAUUAAAUGUCAUCUCAUGCAUGCAAACA